AUGGAACGUCCAUUGAUAACGAAUGAUCAAUGUACAAAUGAUUUAGAAGAAAUUAUUAGUUUAGAAAUACGAUCUAAUACUCAAGUGAAAAAUAAAAUUCAUGAUUACUUGUACAAUCUAGGAGAAAUUACUGAUCAUGUCGAAAGUUUGAGAACAAUUAUUAAUUUUGUACCUCAUUCAUCACUUCUACGAAACUUCGAUCGUCAACAUUUUCUAUUAAACUUAUUGAAAAACGAUCCUUCUCAAUCUUCUCAUUUUUAUAUAGAAUGGUUUUUAUGUUUUAUGACUAAUGAUAACUUCUUGAUGAACGAUGAUAAUGAGCGACGAGAAUAUCAAAAUCUCAUCAAAGAAUGGACAUCUUAUUUUGAACAUGAUCAAUCGAAACUUCAUUUAAUAAUGACAAGAAUUGAUGCAUUACUGGAACCUUUUAUGUCGGCACAAACCGGCAGUAAUCAAGAAAAAUGUCGUGAACUAUUUGUUCAUCAUAUGAUUGAUAUUUGCUUCAAACAAGGUAAAAUAUCUGUUCAUAUUGUUCCUCAUGUUUAA